UGGUUUCAAUCAUUCAAUUCAAGUCGGUGAAAUCAUAUUUUAAUUAAAUUUCAAAGUCUUCUUUUUGCCAAAAAUAAUCUGUUUGUGAUGUUCUCAGAUAAAUAAAAAGAGUGUUUACAGGUUUCGUAAAAAAUAUCAGUGAUAUGACAAUGGUGUAAAUAAGUGUGAAAAUGAAGUUAAUUGUUUUUGAUGUUGCGCUACUAACAAGAGUAACAAAAAGGUAAAGGAGUAAAGAAUUAAAAAGAUUUUAACCAGUCACAAUGGACGAUGAGGAGGCCGAUUUGCGAGAGCAAAUAUUUCACAAUAAUGUCAGGGAACAGAUCAUAUUCCUGCUCCUCUUUAUCUUACUUUAUCUGUUCUCGUUUAUGUUAAUUGAGAAAUUUCGCCGACGCGAUAGUGAAGAUUUUUACUCGGUUGAUGAAGAAGAGGUAAAAGUCUAUCGCAUAAGCCUGUGGCUUUGUACUAUUGCCUUGGCAGUGAGUCUGGGUUCAGCACUGUUGCUGCCUGUAUCAAUAGUCAGUAACGAGGUGCUCAUAUUGUACCCCAAUAGCUACUAUGUGAAAUGGCUGAAUAGCUCUUUGAUACAAGGUUUAUGGAACCAUGUAUUUUUAUUCUCCAACCUCUCCCUUUUUGUUUUUCUUCCAUUUGCCUAUCUUUUCUCCGAGUCCACAGGCUUCCCCGGGUACAGGGGUCUAAAGGGAAGAGUUUACGAGACAUUCAUAGUGCUGGCCCUGCUAGGUGUGGCUAUGCUCGGUAUUGCCUAUGUAAUCUCAGCUUGGUUCGAAGGCGAUAGUUCCAGCAUUGAGGCUUUACUGAGUUUGUGGACAUAUCUACCAUUUCUGUACUCGUGUGUGUCAUUUGUUGGUGUAUUGAUGCUACUAGUGUUCACCCCACUUGGGUUUGUGCGGUUGUUCGGCGUGGUGAGCGCGGUGCUGGUGAAGCCGCAGUUCCUCAGAGAUCUCAAUGAAGAAUAUUACGUGUACUCGUUCGAGGAGGACACCCUACGGCGGAGGAUCCAGACCUCUAUUGCAACAGGAGCGGGAUACAUAUCUCCCGAGCCUAUGUACCCUGAUAACGGCGACAUCUCGGCGCCCAUCAACCCUGAUACUUCGAUAUCGAAGGACAAGACUGUCAUGUCGCCUGAAGAAAAGGAGACGCCCCUUUUGAGGCUGAGAAACGGGGCCCUGCAAGCUGGGCUGAAUGAGAGGCUUCAGAAAAUUGUUACUCUACGAAAGGAAGUGGAGAACAAGCGCAAGACGUCGUCACUCCAACGCAACGUGGUGUAUCCGCUGGCGAUGCUGCUGCUGCUGGCGCUCACCACCAUCACCGUGCUCAUGGUGCUGCAGAACACCCUCGAGCUGCUCAUCGGCAUUAAAGCGCUGCCGCUCAGUACACGGCAAUUUACACUGGGCAUAGCCUCGCUGUCGAAGCUAGGAUGGGCGGGCGCGACGUUGGAGGCGUUCCUCAUACUGUACCUGCACGCGGCAUCACUGACCGGCCUGGCCACGCCCAUGCGCGCGCUGCAUGUGCUGCCCCGCGCCCGCCGCACUCCUCUCACACGCAUUAUCGCGCUAUGCGCCGUCCUGCUCGCACACUCCACCGCGCAGCCGCUGCUUGUUAAGAUAUUAGGUAUAACAAAUUUCGAUCUGCUCGGCGAGUUCGGUCGCAUCGAGUGGCUGGGCAACUUCCGGCUGGUGCUGCUGUACAACGCGAUAUUCGCGGCCACCGUGACGCUGUGCCUCGUGCGCAAGUUCACAGCCAGCGUACGCCGCGAGCUCUACAACAGGUUCAAAUGGAUUGCUGACUUUUUUACAAUGCCAGAAGAAACACCAACUGUUUCCCCCAACAUAACGAGAGUGUCUGCUGAGAAGACUCUGACCGUAGAUCAAGUUGUACCAAAUACAAUAGAAGAGAAUGCAGAGCACUUGAAAUCGGACUGAACA